AUGCACCGGCCCCCGUCCUGUAUCUCCUUCUACUGGAUUUUCUUCGCUGCCUGCAGGCUGAGAGCGGUAGAGACAGCCGAUGGAAAAUACGCUCAGAAGUUGUUUAAUGACCUUUUUGAAGAUUACUCCAAUGCCCUCCGUCCUGUAGAAGAUACAGAUACCGUCUUGAAUGUCACCCUACAGAUCACUCUUUCUCAGAUUAAGGAUAUGGAUGAAAGAAACCAAAUUCUGACUGCCUACUUGUGGAUCCGCCAAACCUGGCGUGAUGCCUACCUCACGUGGGAUCGAGAGCAGUAUGACGGACUGGACGCCAUCAGGAUCCCCAGCGACCUGGUGUGGAGGCCGGACAUCGUCCUGUAUAACAAGGCCGACGACGAGUCAUCAGAGCCCAUGAACACCAACGUGGUCCUGCGGUACGAUGGGCUGAUCACCUGGGAUGCCCCGGCCAUCACCAAGAGUUCCUGCGUGGUGGAUGUCACCUACUUCCCCUUCGACAGCCAGCGGUGCAACCUGACCUUCGGGUCCUGGACCUACAACGGCAACCAGGUGGACAUCUUCAAUGGGCUGGACAGCGGAGACCUGUCGGACUUCGUGGAAGACGUGGAGUGGGAGGUGCACGGCAUGCCCGCCGUGAAGAACGUCAUCUCCUACGGCUGCUGCUCCGAGCCCUACCCCGACGUGACCUUCACCCUCCUGCUGAAGAGGAGGUCCGCCUUCUACAUCGUCAACCUGCUCGUCCCCUGCGUCCUCAUCUCUUUCCUGGCUCCCUUGAGCUUCUACCUCCCAGCGGCCUCUGGGGAAAAGGUGUCCCUGGGGGUGACGAUCCUCUUGGCCAUGACUGUGUUUCAGCUGAUGGUAGCAGAGAUCAUGCCGGCCUCGGAAAACGUCCCUCUCAUAGGCAAAUACUACAUAGCCACCAUGGCCUUAAUCACAGCAUCCACUGCCUUGACCAUUAUGGUGAUGAACAUCCACUUCUGUGGGGCUGAGGCCCGGCCAGUGCCCCCCUGGGCUCGGGUGGUCAUCCUGAAGUACAUGGCCAGGAUCCUCUUCGUCUAUGACGUGGGGGAGAGCUGCCUCCGCACUUGGCACAGCCCGGAGCAGCAUCGGUCCCGGAGGCUGGAGGGCCCCUCCCCAGAGUCUCAUCUGAAAGUGCCCAGGAACCAAGACCUUUUGAGAAAGAAGGAAAUGAAUAAGCUCUUCAAGAAAGACUUGCGGUGCCCACAGGAGAAGUCCCAGGACACCGAGAGCCACUGUGCACGCUACCGAGCGCUGACGAGGAACAUCGGCUACAUCGCCAAGUGUCUCAAAGACCAUCGGGCCACUAACUCCAAGGGGAGUGAGUGGAAGAAGGUUGCCAAAGUCAUAGAUCGAUUCUUCAUGUGGAUUUUUUUCAUUAUGGUGUUUGUGAUGACUCUUUUGAUCAUAGCAAGAGCAGAUUAG